AAUCGGAAUUGGGGAAAAACUUACCGAAGGUCGAAAAUGCCUCGCUAUGAUGAUCGGUAUGGUACAACUCGUUUAUAUGUUGGCCGUUUGUCUUCAAGAACACGCUCUCGUGAUUUGGAUUACCUCUUCAGCAAAUAUGGGAGAGUACGUAAUGUGGAUAUGAAGCAUGACUACGCAUUUGUUGAUUUUAGUGAUCCCCGUGAUGCUGAUGAUGCAAGAUAUAGCUUGAAUGGUAGAGAUCUGAAUGGCAGUCGACUUCUUGUGGAAUUUGCAAAGGGUACUCCACGCGGACCUGGUGGUUCUAGAGAACAUAUAGGUAGAGCUUCACCACCUGGGGCAGGACGAUGUUUCAACUGUGGACUUGAUGGUCACUGGGCUCGAGACUGCAAAGCUGGUGACUGGAAGAAUAAGUGUUACCGAUGUGGAGAAAGGGGCCACAUCGAAAGGAACUGCCAAAAUAGUCCUAAAAAGUUAAAACGUGAUCGGAGCUACUCAAGGUCACCGAUACGAUCACGCUCUCCUCGUCGUCGCCGAAACCGGAGUCUUAGUUAUAGCCGAAGCCCCAGUCGUUCCAGAUCUCCUCCAAAGAAGGAACGUGAAAGGAAACAGCGCCCCCGCUACUCUAGGAGCUCAAGCCGUAGCCCUGAGUCGCAUAAUUCACCAUCUCCCUUUAAAGGAAGAAAGCGCAGCCAAACUCCUACUGAGGACAAAGUUAGCCCUUCUCCCAAGAGGGUAAAUUCAGAGUAUAGCAUGAGCCCACAGAGAGGAAAGAGCCAAAGUCCUGCAUACAGUCCUGUUGUAGCUAAUGGGCGUGGCCGCAGCCCUAGCCCUGUGUAUGAACAAAGCCUUGUUGACCAUGAUGGUCCUGCAGCUCAGGGUAGCCCAGUUGACCAUGAUCGUCCUGCAGCUCAGGGUAGCCCAGUUGAUGACGAGGGUCCAGUUGUUGAAUGAAGUCCAACUCUGCUGAAAAAUGGUUUUUGUUACAUCACUGUAGGACCUACAUGUUUGUGUCAGCUGUCUGUGUUUAGUUGAAUGGUGUAAGUGUUGAAAUAUUUACACCCGUGUUCGAAAUAUCUGAAGUCCAACUGAUAGUGAUGAAGUGAAUCUACAGGGAAGUGAGCAACUUUAAACUGUGUUGAAAAAAUGUUUUCGUUACAUUACAGUAGGAUGUUGAAAGACACAACAUAUUUGUUUCAGUUGGGCGUUGGCCAUGUUUAGUUGUUGAAUGGUUUAGCAUUGCAAUAUUUACAUCCGUGUUCUAGAUA